AUGGUACUGCCUGACGGUGGCGGUGGCGGUGCUGCAAGCGGCGGCGCGUUAUGUACGCGACCCGUCGCGGGAAAGAAUGUAAAGGAAGAGAAGGUGGAUGAGUACGAGCUUCGUCGCAAUAACAAUGGUAAUAGUACCAAUGAUGUGAUUAUAUUUGGUGGGUCUGCUUCUUCUUCUUGUUCGUCGGAUGGCUUGCUGAAAAGUCGUGUGGAUUCGAUUCCGGCUUCGAAGAAAGUUAAACAGGACACACCGGAGGGCAAAAUGGUGUUAAUUAAAGAGGAAAGCACGGUGGCAAUGGACGACAGUGGAGCUUCAGAUUGCGGCGGUGAUGGUGGCUGUAAUGGUUCUGCCUCGUCGACUUCAUCGGCUUCUUUGGCGAAACCGAUGGAGGGAUUGCACGAGGUGGGGCCACCGCCGUUUCUGAGGAAGACGUUUGAGAUGGUGGAGGAUCCGGAAACCGACCUGGUUGUAUCAUGGAGCGAAGCUCGUAACAGCUUCAUUGUUUGGGAUUCUCAUGAACUGUCCAAAAGUCUUCUGCCAAAGUACUUCAAGCACUGCAAUUUCUCCAGCUUCAUCCGCCAGCUUAAUACUUAUGUGAGUAUAAGAUAA